AUGUAUUUCUAUUUACUUCACAUCGAUCAGAUUGGAAGCUCAAGCAUUCUUCUUCAUGGCAAAGUGAUUGGGAAUAUCGAAAGAUGUGCAUUGUUUGAUGCAAUUGACGGAAAGUUGGUAUCUUCUCAAGUCAGAGUGGAUGGCGUUCAUUCUCCUGUGUUCAUGAAGGCUGCUGAUGGUAGAGUAUCUGAACUUCAAGCAGACAUUGAGGCGUUUAUGAACAGAAUGGAUGUAAAGUAUGUGCUAGAGAAUGUGAAAAAGCAAAAUGCGUUUUAUGCCAAUUUAGAAAGACAUAUAGACUUGAUUAAGGUGGUUUGUGCAAGUAAAGUGUCUUUUGAUGGAUUUUUUUCUGAGUAUUCUGAUGCAAUAAUAACUGAAUUUAUGAAUCCGGUGGAGAACAUUAUUGUUUCGAGAGGCAUUCGUGGACCGUGUGUUCUUUGGAUAGAUGGAGUAAGGGUUUCUGGCGAUGGCUAUGUUGUUGAUUCUGCUGAAUGUGUUAGGUUUGUUUGCAAUUCAAAACUGCCUGAACUAACGAUUGCAGCAUUGGCUGUUAGGGCCAACAACCAUGGAAUAAAUGGAUACAGUUUGUUUAUGCGAGGAAAGACUUAUGAUGGGGUGGUUAGAUCUACAGAAGCUGAGUAUAUGGAGAGAGUGGAACGAAUUGGAUGUGUGGUGCAUGCCACGCCUAGUUCAUUGUUAAGCCAUCUUAAUGCAUUGAUUCGUAAGGAAAGUGUUGAUUGUAUUGUAUAUCACAAUCUCCAAGGAGCAAUUCGUAGGAAAUUAGAUAUAUUUGGAAGGAUCAGGUGUGAUGUCUUUGCUUUUGCAUCUGGAUGCAUGAAAGGUAAUGAUUAUUCGAUUGAUGAGUUAAUGCGAUCAUUGAGCAUGAAUGAUGGACAAAUGCAGAUGAUGAUGAAGGAAAAGCCAAUGAUGGAGGAAGGCUGGUUUGAAUGUUUGCAAUGGGAAUCCAAGGCGAUUGCACAGAUAUUUACGGGGAUGUAUGCACUACAGUUAUCGAAGGAGAUGAGUGAGAUAUCUGGAUACAUUAUGAACAGGGUGUUUAAGAAUAUGAGAGCAGAGAGAAUUGAGUAUACAUUACUGCAUGAGUUGUAUGCCAGAGGAUAUUUGUUUCCUCCAGUGAUGGCAAGAAAAGAAGUAAAGUAUACUGGAGGGCUUGUGCUAUCACCACAGAUUGGGUUUUAUGAAGAUAUUGUUCUUCUUCUCGACUUUAAUUCGUUGUAUCCAUCGAUUAUACAGGAGUUCAAUGUGUGUUUUUCAACGAUUGGAGCUGCGGAUCGAAGUGGAAGUGUGCAGAUGAGUGAAGAGCAGAUGAAGAUGCUUACUGAGUAUAGCAAGAGUUGUGAAGUUGGAAUUCUGCCACAGAUUCUUGAAGGGUUUGUGAAGCGAAGAAAGGCUGUUAAGGAGUUGAUGAGACAUGGAGCAUCACCUGAAGAAAUAAUGAUGUUAGAGGUUCGUCAGAAGGCAUUGAAACUGACGGCGAAUAGCAUGUAUGGAUGUCUAGGCUCGCAUGGGUCGCGGUUCUGCAACUACACUAUGGCAUGUUACAUAACGUUUAAAGGAAGAGAGCUUUUGAUGGAGUCUAAGAGAAUAGCUGAGGAGGAUUGCGGAAUGAAGAUUGUGUAUGGAGACACAGACUCUGUGAUGGUGUACUGUGGAAUACCAGGGAUGAAUGUGAACUAUGUAAAGGCAAUAGAAAAAGCCAGUGUAUUGAAAGAUGCAAUUAAUGGCAGGUACAGGAAUAUUGAGAUUGGAAUUGAGAAAGUAUUUAAGAAGCUUUUAUUGUACAAGAAGAAGAAAUAUGCAGGCCUGUGGAUGGAUGGGAGUGGAGGAAGUUUUAUUGAAUACAAGGGCCUGGAUCUUGUAAGAAGGGAUUUUUGCGGUGCUAGUAAGAAGAUCUGUAAGAAGGUGAUUGAGUUAUUGUUACUUGACUUUGAGGGUGAUGGAGUGCUGGAGAGUGUGUAUGGAGAUGAGAAGGAUAUGCGGUUAUCUGUUAAUGGAGGAAUGAUUAUGAAUGAUGGAAAUGCAAGAAUCAGAGAGAUGGUUUAUGAAGAAUUGAAGAAGCUUGUUGAUGAUUUACAAAAUCUUCCCCGUGAUGAAUAUGUGAUAUACAAUACAUUGUCUAAAGCGCCUGAGGAUUAUGGUGCAUCUAAUGCGCUCCCACAUGUUUCACUAGCAUUGAGAUUGAAGGAGGAAGGAAUGAAGUUUGAUCAAGGCGAUGUUGUUUGUUAUGUGAUGGGAAAGGCAGUAGGGAAUGAGAGUAUGGCUAAGAAGGCAUAUAAUUUGAGCGAGUGUGUAGAAAUAGAUUAUGAAUAUUACAUAUCAAGCCAGAUUCUUCCAGCAGUCUUACGAAUAUUGAAUGUAGUAAAGGGAUUCCACGCGGACAAGAUCAACGGGAUAUUUGGAGUGGAAAGUACCGAAAGAGUUGAACCUGGACGAAAUGUGAGUUUUCUAACCCCUUGCUGUGAAACAAGCCAGAAUGCAUUGCCUGUUUGUUUGACAUGCUCAAAGCCGAUUUCAGAAGCUUUUUAUGUGUGUAAGGUAAUUGAGAUGCUCAGGAAGGAGGUUAGUGCAAUGUAUAAUGCAUUACCUAAAUGUGGAGGAUGUGGAGUGCUGUGCCAUAUGUAUAUUUUGAACUGUUUUCAUUGUGGAUAUGAAUUAGAUGUAGCAGCAAGUAAUCAAGAAUUUGAUGUGUUUCUGAGUGGUUUAGAAUCUGCAUGUGAGAGUUUGGGAAGUAAAGAGAUGUCGUUGCUGAUAAGAAAGCAUACUAAAGUGUCUGGAUAUAGAAGAAUCGAUCUGAGGAGAUACUUUGAAAAGGAGAUCAGUAGAUAUGAAAGCAAGUGA